AUGGUUGGGUUCGACAACAUCGAGUUGUCCAUGGAAUUGCUCGAGAACCGUCAUGAGGUGGCUCAACAACUCUCUGAGUAUCUGCAAGGCGGAAACCAGGCCGCCGAGCCCGUGCGCGUGAGUGGUUACGGUGAAGAACGAAAACGAGAAGAGCUGUUCACUGUAACCGGUAUCCUAGAUCCUGGAGAGGCCAGGAGACGAAUGGAGGAGACUUUGCGUGCGAAUGCUGAGCGUCCGCUGUUCAGCGGUACUGCGCACACGGCUCCGGAGGUACUGCCCCACGUGUAUACCUCUUCUUCCAUCAUGCAGGGGAACAUGUUAUCGCAUACUGGACAACGCUACAUGCUACCCAUUGGGACAACCCGAGUAGCGCACGAGGAAUACGAGGAGGUUACAGUACCCCCAGCGAAAGUCGUUCCUCCACGGGCAUCGGAACGACUUAUAUCUGUAGCUGAAUUGGACCCUCUGGCGAAAGGGUCGUUUCCGGGUUACACCUCACUCAACAGAAUCCAGUCCAUCGUGUACCCCACUGCAUACCAGUCAAAUGAGAACAUGCUCGUCUGUGUGGUCCAGGGUAAAACUGAUGUUGCGAUGCUCACAGUGCUCCGAGUCAUCAGCCAACAUCUUAAGCAGUUGGCGCCACAUGGCAACAUGGCAGCUGCCGUUGCGCGGGAUAACUUCAAGAUUAUCUAUGUCGCACCCAUGAAGGCUCUUGCAGCGGAGAUAACGCGCAAGCUAGGCAGGCGACUGAAGUGGUUGUCGAUCUCUGUGCGCGAACUUACGGGUGAUAUGCAGCUCACAAAGCAGCAGAUCAACGAGACGCAGAUCAUCGUCACCACUCCUGAGAAGUGGGAUGUUGUCACUCGGAAGCCUACUGGAGAAGGAGAGCUUGCCUCGAAAGUCAAGUUGCUCAUCAUUGACGAGGUCCAUCUUCUUAACGACGAGCGUGGUGCUGUCAUUGAAACCAUUGUUGCUCGUACGUUGCGGCAGGUCGAGUCCUCGCAAUCAGUUAUUCGGAUUGUCGGCCUUAGUGCAACACUACCUAAUUACAUUGACGUCGCGGAUUUCCUGAGCGUCAAUCGUCACACCGGACUAUUCUACUUUGAUUCAUCCUUCCGUCCCGUGCCCUUAGAGCAACACUUCAUUGGUGUAAAGGGGAAGCCCAACAGCCCUACGGCGAAGAAGAACAUGGACAAGGUCGUCUAUGACAAGGUUUCGGAGCUUGUCCACGAGGGCCACCAGGUGAUGGUGUUUGUCCACGCGAGAAAGGAAACCGUGAAGGCAGCUGAGGCUAUCCGAGAAGAGGCGCAGCUUGAUGGGACGCUGGAAGAGUUCAGCUGCCAGGAGCACCCGCAGUUUGAGUACUUCCGGAGGGACAUCGCGAAGUCAAGGAACAAGGAGAUGAAGCAGCUCUUCGACCUUGGCUUUGGUAUACACCAUGCCGGUAUGUUGCGCGAGGACCGGAACAUGAUGGAAAGGAUGUUCGAAGCACGGGCGAUCAAGGUACUCUGUUGUACGGCGACGCUGGCGUGGGGUGUCAAUCUGCCUGCGCAUGCUGUCAUCAUCAAGGGAACGCAAGUGUACGACAGCUCGAAAGGUGCCUUCACCGAUCUCUCCGUCCUUGACGUCCUGCAAGUCUUCGGACGAGCCGGACGGCCGGGUCUAGAGUCGAGCGGUGUGGGCUACAUUUGCACAAACGAGGAGAAGCUUUCACACUAUCUCGAUGCCGUGACAUCUCAAGUGCCGAUUGAGUCCAGGUUCGUCGCAGGCAUGGUCGACGCCCUAAAUGCAGAAAUAGCAUUGGGCACAGUCGCGAACGUGCAUGAUGCGGUACAGUGGCUCAGCUACACGUACUUGUUCGUGCGCAUGAAGAAGAGUCCCUUUCAAUACGGCAUGCCCUGGGAUGAAGUAGCAAACGAUCCAACACUCGGUGCUAAGCGGAAUUCAUUGAUCACUGCGGCGGCGUCCCAGCUAGCAGAGGCCCGCAUGAUCGCUUUUGACCGUGGCACCGGAAGCUUGGUUAUCACUGACCUCGGACGAAUCGCCGCCAAAUACUACAUCCGGCACAAAUCGGUCGAAAUCUUCAUCAAACAGUUUAGAGAGAAGAUGACUGAGGCGGACGUCUUGGCCAUGCUGUGUGACAGCACAGAGUUUGACCAGAUCCAAGUCAGGGAGAACGAGGUGGAAGAACUGAAGGCGUUUAUGGAAGAGAUACCGUGCAAAGUCAAGGGCGGGACUGAUACCAGCGCGGGGAAAGUCAACAUCCUUUUACAAGCAUACAUCUCCCGCUUCCGACCAGAGGACUUCGCACUUGUCUCUGACCAGGCAUAUGCCGCCCAAAAUGGUGGCCGUAUCGCGCGUGGUCUCCUCGAAAUCGCCAUCUCGCGCAAAUGGGCCAAUGCGGCUUCUGUCCUCAUGGGUAUCAGUAAAGCCAUCGAGAAGCGUCUAUGGCCAUUCGACCACCCACUCAAGCAGUUUGAGGGUCUGAAGGCUGAGGUACUGCACAAUCUUCAGCGCUGGGCGGACGAGUACGACGUCGCCGAACUGGCGGAAAUGAGUUCCGAGGAGCUAGGAAAGCUCAUCCACCUGAACCAGAAGCAUGGGGAGGCCGUGCGGAACGCCGCCAAGCAAUUCCCAGCUGUCCACAUAACCUACAGCCUACGUCCCCUUGGCCCAGACGUCCUGAAAAUCGCUGUCAAAGUCGAACGCAAGUAUAAUUGGAGCAGCAAGGUUCACGGUUCAGUGGAACCAUUUUGGCUAUGGGUGGAGGACCACGAGGGGACGAACAUCCUACAGCUUUCGCACCUGGUAUUCCGACAGACAGCGACCUUUGUAGACGUCGACUUUGUCAUCUCGGUUAAUAAGGAUAAACCUCCGCCCUCCGUCACUAUACGGUACGUCUCGGACCGAUGGGUUGGGGCCGAGCAGGAGACCGUGGCUUCCUUCGAGGACCUCAUCAUGCCGGCCUCUUCUGAAUCGCAUACGCCUCGGCUCGACAUUCCAUUCCUCCCUCUUUCCGUGAUCGGGAAUCCGGCUCUUCAGGAGGCAUUCUCUCACAGAGUGCAUGGCUUGAACGCGAUCCAAAGCCAAGUCUUCUGGAGUGUCGUCCGUACACGAUCACAUGCAUUGCUCUGUGCACCCACCGGUUGCGGCAAAUCUGUGAUCGGCCAACUGGCAGUGUGGGAAACUCUUCUCAAUUCACCGAACGACGCAUGGGCUCUGGUCGUGGCGCCGCGAAGAAGCGUCGCCCUCGACCUUCGAGCCGAAUUGCACUCAGCAACGAGGGCAACAGAGACUUCUGUCGAGCUUGCCGGAGCAGACCAUCUCUUCGACGGACCCUCGCGGCGGACUGUCAGGGUGGUCACCGCACCAGACCUUUUCUCGGCGAUGACCCGGCGCCCGAACGCCAAGCAGGCUCUAUCUCGGCUGCGCCUGGUGCUCUGCGAGAGUCUGGAGCUGCUCGAUGCCGUAUACGAGCUGGGCGUGUCGCUACUGCUGCACGCAACGCAAGCGUACCCCGUCCGCUUCGUCGGCCUGUCCAACUCCCUCAACGACCCGACCGACCUCGCGGCAUGGCUCAGCGUCGACCCACUCGCCCUGCACAGUUUCAGGCCGAGCGACCGCGACCAGGCGCUCGCCGUCAUCAUGCACACGUUCACGAUCCCGCAGUCGGCGGCGCUGUUCAAGGCCAUGGCCAAGCCCGCACAUGCAGCGAUCCGCGCCGCCCCAGGAGAACCCGCCAUCGUGUUCGUGCCCUCGCGCAACCAGUGCGUCCCCGUCGCGCUCGACCUGAUCACGCAGUGCGCGCUCGAGAUGCUCGCGCAGGGCUAUCUCCCGGACGACGUCUCGAUCGAACGGCUGGAGCGCUACCUCUCACGGCUCCAGGACUACAACGGCCUGAAGGACUUCAUCACGCGCGGCGUUGGCUUUUUCCAUGCCGGCAUCGCGCAGCCCGACCGGCUUCUGAUGCUCGAGCUGUACGCCGAGGGGCUCAUCCGGGUGCUCAUCGUACCACGCGACGCGUGCUGGACGCUCCCCGUGCGGGCGGUCACCGUCGUGGUGAUGGGCACGCAGUACUUCUACGUGCCGCCCGGGAGCGACGAGCGCCAGCUGCGCGACUACCCGCUCGAGGAGAUCGUCCGGAUGCAGAGCAAGGCGGUCCGACAUAACGGUGCGGGCCGGUUCUACCUGCUCUGCCAGGCGGAGGGCAAGGACACGAUCACCCGAUUCCUGAACGACGGGCUGCCGCUCGAGUCGAAGCUGCUCGAGACGGAGACGCUGCGGGCUUGGUACAAGGACAGGCGGAAGGAUGGGGCCAUCGCCGACAAGCAGCAGGGGGUCGACGCGCUGUCUUUCACGUUCUUGGCGCGACGCUUGGUGAGCAACCCGGCGUAUUACGAUGCGCGGUCGAUCGCCGUCAACGAGCUCCUCUCAAGGAUAGUGGAUAAGUUAGAGGCUUAG